UAACUUUUUUUAAUCAAAUGCAAUAUGUAAAACUUGAAACAGGAGAGUGAACAUCAGUGGAAAGGGGAAUAAAUGCCCCAUAGAGAUGAAAAGAGAAAACACAUUUAGUUUAGACACUUCCCUAAACACAUCUCCCAAUUCCUGAAUGACAACAUUGUCGACUCCGACAUCAAACAUCAUGAACCAUCACAACUCAACUUCGAUUUUUAUCUCACCUGGCGAGCAAACUGCUACUGCCAUUCGUGGACUUUGCUUUCUGCUGGGAAUCUCUGGGAACAUCGCAGUGGUGGUGUUCCUACUGCGCCACUUCAAGCGGGACAACUUCACCCUCCAGCUGAUGCUGAACCUGGCCGCCUCAGACAUCCUAUCCCUCUUGACUCUACCGGUGUGGAUGUACAGCUUUCUACUUGGCUGGACCAUGGGCCUUGCUUCCUGCAAGUUCUUCUACUUCAUCGCCUAUACAGGCAUUCACGUCAGCGUGCUGACAGUAACGCUCAUGAGCGUGUAUAGGUACGUGCUGGUCCUGCAUCGUUCACAGUGGACCAAACUUGGCCAACGAGGAGAGAGGGCUUUAUUUGCGGGUGUGUGGGUGCUCGCUGGUGUGCUCGCCAUCUCCCCAGUGAUCACUGUCAACAUCAUUGAGGAUGAAGGUAAACUCCAUUGCGAGCAGGUUGUCAGAUCAGAGGGCGAGAAAGUGGGUGUUCUUCUACUGGAAAUCAUGUUACUUUAUGUCACACCAUUGACUAUCCUGAUGACUUCAUACCUCUGCCUGCACAGAAAAGUUAGUGACAGAGCCCUGUCCAACUUCAGACUAGGAAAGCUGGUGACCUGCAUCAUAGUGACAUUUAUUAUCUGUAGUACUCCCUACACUGUUGUUAGCGUAAUGAUGAUGGCUACCCCUUCACAACCUGUUUUAGUUGUGAGAAGGUUGGCCUACAGGGGACCAAGACGCGCCGUACAGAGCAUUGUUUUCCUGAACAGUUGUGUGAAUCCAUUCCUGUAUGCUUUCAAUUUUCGCUCUGUGCGUAAGGAGGCUGACAAAAAUGUCACGGAAACUUCAAAUAAUGUGAAGGACAGCUCACAAACUAUAGCAACUUUAUCAUAGAUAAGCAAAAUUUAAUUUUGGGUAGUGCAGCAUACAGUGACAGUUUUAAUAAAUUAGUUAUGGUUAGUCUAGUUUCUGUUUUGACUCUCUGGAAUUGGACAGUGCUGUCAUAAUGUAACACUUAUCUAUUGUGUUGUGUGAGUCAGAUUUUACAUUAAUUUGUAAUAAUAAUAAUAAAAAAAACAAGACACAAACAGUUAACUGAAAUGGUAUUCACUUAAGUGUAAAAUAAAUGUUAUAGAUUAUUUGUAUAUACUGUAUAGCAAAUGUAAAAUAUAUUUUGCAGGGGGCCUUUUUUCCUUUUAAUCUGAUUGGACAGUGAAGAGCGUCAGGAAGUGAGUGGGGGGAGAGAGAUGGGAUGGGCACCCGGAACCUAACGUGGCACAGACGCUGCAGCCGUUUGUGCCACAGCUCAUUGCAUAGCCUACUGUAGAUUUCUAACCAGAAAGUCAGACUAUUAUAGCCCUUAGGAAUUCAUAUUGAUUUUCUUUUUCACCUGCACCUUUAGAGUAGAAUGAAAUGAGAUGUGAAUUCAUUUUGCGUAUAUUGUGUAACCUAAAAUACUGCCUUGGGCCUUUCCCCAAUAAAACAUAAACUAA